GAGGUGUGUUUUUUCAGGGGCUGGGGCGAACCUCAUCUGUUGGACUCCCUUCACAGGUGACUCAGAAGCAGAAUGAAUCACAGCCUGUAGCACUCCGAGAGGACAGGACCUGGUCGCCGUAGGAAGGAGCUGACGGGUGCUCAGGGGGACGUCUUCACACGGUGGGGCUUGAAGACAUGGCAUCUGCACACUGAAGAAACAUUGGCAACGUCGUGAUCCAUCCCAGCUGCGCAGACAAAUAUGAAAUUACUCUGGAUAAUCUCAUUUUUCCUGCUGCAAGACACGGAAGCUUUCCUGCUGCAGAAUGCUAAAAUCAAGCAGUGUUUACAAGCCAGCCCAACGGAUGGGGAUUUAUUGCUGUCGGACUGUAAUUCAGCAUCAGAUUUCCAGGACUGGUUUUGGCAAGGAAAUUCUUUGAGGAAUCACGGCACGCAGAGCUGUCUCUCUGUGGUGGAAGAGAACAGAGUGCAGACAAGUCCCUGUGAUAGUGUGGGCUUCAUGGGCUGGGACUGCUCCAAUUCGCUGCUCUCUCCUCUGGGCAGCAGCCAGAGCUACCUGGUGGCAAGCAAGAAAGGAGUCGCACUCGAUGAUGUGAGAGGUCUCAAGGCUCAGUGGCAAAGUGCUGCAGAGAGUAGUGUGUGCAAGGAGAAAGCAGCACAGUACAGCUACUUACCAGCAGCCCUUACCAGCACAAACGUGUAUGACCACACCAAUGCUAUCCUUGUGCUGGGGAUGGAGCCAGAAAAGCUGGAGGAGCUGCUGUGGUUCUUCCGCAGAGAAGACUCAUCAGCAUGGAAUUACUCCAUCCUGGCGCUUUCCUUUGUGAUCACAAUUUUGGGUUUCGUCCUUCUGGCCAUUAACAUUUCACGAAACAGGAAAAGGAAGAUCCAGAUGUAUAAAGAAGCAGCACAAGCUGCCCAGAAUUCGGAGGUGGAAAGCAAGCAAGCCCUGCUAAGAGUGCCAGAAUUCAGCCCAGAAAGCCUGCAGAAGCCAGAGCCGCCGCCACAGGAUGAGAGAUCAGGAGAGGUGCUGGUUCAGUGGAAGGAUGGGACCGUCACCAGCCUGUACAAAGAGACAGCAGAGGAUGCCAUGUAGCAGCUGAUGUCAAACCACCUUAGGGCAGAUAGGAGCCCAUCAGAAUGUCUCAAUUCACAGCAACCAAAGAUCAAAAAGUUGAAAAAUGCAUUUUAGCCUGGACGAGAAAAAAGAAAGCAAAGAAAGCAGCAGAGCUGUGUCAGCAGAGGUGGCUCUGGCCUCAGAGGCAAAGCUGUGCCUCCUGUUGGGAUGAUCUUUACCCCCCUCGCUCAGCUGCUGGGGUGGAAGGAGAGGAGGGGGCUCACAGUCAUCCAGGGUGUGUGCCUCACCUCCAGAUAUGGAAACCACUGGCACCAAAGCAGGGGAGCGUCUGUUCUUUUCAAAAGUUACCUUUAUUAAAAUAUUCUCCAAAGUGCUCGAUCAAAACCCCGUAUUGAAUCUCUGUGUAUCACUCUAGUCUUAUCUGUAUGAAUAAAUGUACAAAUACGCA